UCCGGUUCGGCUGACGGCCAGCGGUCACGCCCCCAUGGGACACACCCAGUUAGACCACGCCCCUUCGCGGUUAAUAUUCACGCUCGGGCCACGCCCCUCUCCUUGGCCACGCCCCCGUCCCGGGCAGCGAUGGCGGCGCCGUUGCCGGGGCGGAGCCGGGAUCGGAACCGGGAUUGGAGCCGGGUUCGAGUCCGGGUCCGGGCUCCGGUCCGGGUCCGGGUCCGGGAUUGGAGCCGGGUCCGGGUUCGGCUCCGGGCUCUGUCCCGGGCUCUGGUCCCGCUCCGGGUCCCGGUUCGGGUCCCGGUCCUGUCCCCGGUGCCGGUGCCGGUCCCGGUGCCGGUUCGGGCCCCGCUCCCGCUGGAGCCGCCGCGCGUGCCCGAGCUGCUCGUGCGGGGCAGCAAAUUCAUCCGCUGGGAGGAGGAGGUGGAGCUCCUGGACCUCUGCAGUGUCCGGGACACCCGCACCGGGCGCUUCGCCCGCGCCCCCAAGGACCCCCGCACGCGGGCCGCCCUGGCCUUCGGGGUCCCCGGGGGUCCCCCUCCCCACCGUUUGCUCACCGUGGUUCACGGCCCCGACCUCGUCAACCUCGGCUUCCUCACCCUGGUGGCCGUGCGGGACGGCGAGGCCCAGGUGUGGACAGAGGAGCUGUUCAAGCUGGCCACGAACAUCCUGGCCCGGAACGCGUCGUGGAACACGCUGCUCAGGAAGGCGUGGGUGCCCCAAAACCCCAAAAUCACCUCAAAAUCAGCCCCAAAACCCCAAAAUAACCUCAAAAACGGCAAAAAAUCACCCCACAAACCCCCAAAUCACCCCAAAACCCCCAAAAUAGCUCCAGAACCAGCAAAAAAUCACCCCAAAAUCAUCCCAACCCCCCUAAAAUAACCUCAAAAACAGCAUAAAAUCACCCCCAAAAACCCCAGAAUCACCCCAAAACCAGCCCAAAAUCACCCCAAAAAUUCCUUCAAAUCUUCCCCAAAAUCACCCCAAAAAUUCCCUUAAACCCCCCCCAAAAAUUCCCUAAAAUCCCCCCAAAUCUUCCUUAAAACACCUCCCAAAUCUCGCCAAAAUCACCUCAAAAAUCUCCCCAAAAUCACCCGAAAAAUUCCCUAAAAUGACCCCAAAAAUCUCCCCAAAAUUCCCAGAAAUCACCCCCAAAAUGCCCCAAAAACCCCAAAACCCAAACAUCCCAAACGCCCCAAAUCCCCAAAACUCCCCCAAACCC